AGCCAAGGAAAAUAAAUAAAUAAAUAAAUAAAUAAAGGAGGAUUGAUUCUUGUUUUCCUCCAGGGCGGCCAUCCUUAGUUCAAACAUUUAACUCUGUUGUUGUCUUAAUUUACGGUUUCUACCAAGCCAUUCUUUUCUUCUCUCUUUCUUUCUCGGUUUCGUACAGCAGCGAAGGUAUCAGGAAGUACCCAGUAAGUAAGUUAUUAGUCCGAUUCAUCCCAACUUGCCGACUCCACUGAUUUUCAUCUAAUAUCCACGCGUCCCCUUCGUGUUCAUCUUCUUCUUCCCCUUCCCCUUCCCCUUCACAGAUCUCAGAUCCACCCUCCUUCUCUUCCUUAAUCUCUUUCCACCCAUGGCCGAUCUGUUCCCCCCCUUUCAUUUCUUCCCCCCCCUCUCUUCUGCUUUCCAUUUCCGCCGUCUCAUCACGUAGAUUCACUCCCAAUUCUCUUCCCCUUUCUCUUCCCCUUUCUUUUCCCCUCACUUUCUUCUUCCUAUGGAUUAAGUUUCCCCUUCUUCCUUCUCUAACUUCAUAAUUCUCCCUUUAUUUCUCUUUCGACUUCCACCCCCUCCUUUCCUUCCUCUUCAUGGACGACGUCGGCGCCCAAGUUGCUCCUCCUAUUUUCAUCCGCCAAACCUUGACCAGUCGCUACACUGAUGUGCCUUCCAUCCCCAAGAAGCGUGCUUUAUCAUAUCAGCUCCCCAACUUCCAUCAUCACUUGCAACCUCAGGGUCAACUCCAUGCUCAUACUUGGAACCCUAAGGCUUGGGAUUGGGAUAGCGCUAGAUUCCUCACCAAACCCUCCAAACCUCCGCUUCUCCACUCCGAUACUCCCUCAUCCGACCUAAAGACCACCCACGAUUUCGCUGCUGCUACUCCCUCCACGUUGCACAACACAGUGGAGGCUCUGGAGAACCAGGAUGAGAGUCUUCGCCUUAAUCUUGGUGGUGGUUUGAAUUUGAAUUACGUUGAGGAGCCCAUGUCCAAACCCCCUAAAAAGGUCCGCCCUGCUUCUCCCGGCGCUGCUACCACCUACCCUAUGUGCCAGGUUGAUAAUUGUAAGGAAGAUCUAUCGAAUGCCAAAGACUAUCACCGCAGGCAUAAAGUUUGCGAGCUCCAUAGCAAAUCCUCCAAAGCCCUAGUUGCUAGACAGAUGCAGCGGUUCUGCCAGCAGUGUAGCAGGUUUCAUCCUCUUUCGGAAUUUGAUGAUGGGAAGAGGAGUUGUAGGAGGAGACUUGCAGGGCACAACUGGCGUAGAAGGAAGACGCAGCCCGAGGAUGUAUCCUCAAGGCCGACCCGGCCAGGAAGUAGAGGACCCCAAAGCAGUGGGAAUUUGGACAUCGUCAGUCUAUUGACUGCCCUAGCCAAGGCUCAAGGAAAAAACGAAGACCAGACUGUGAAGAGCUUGUUGUCAGCAAAUAGUGACCAUCUCAUUCAGAUCCUCAAUAAGAUCAACUCGCUUCCGUUACCAGCAGACCUUGCAGCAAAGUUGCCCAAUUUAGAGAGUUUUAGGGGGAAGGCUCCUCCACAGGGUUCGUUGCAGCACCAAAACAUAUUAAAUGGAAAUUCAUCUUCUCCUUCGACCAUGGACUUGCUUACUGUACUUUCAGCUACUUUAGCAGCAUCGGCUCCAGAUGCUCUUGCAGUGCUGUCUCUGAAGAGCAGUCUCAGCAGUGAUAGUGAAAAAACACGGUCAUCGUGCCCAUCUGGCUCUGAUCUCCACAAUAGGCCUCUGGAACUUCCUUCAGUUGCAGGAGAAAGAAGCAGUACCAGUUAUCAGUCUCCCAUGGAAGAUUCGGAUGGACAAGUUCAAGGAACUCGAGUUGGUUUGGCACUCCAGCUGUUUAGCUCUUCACCUGAACAUGAUACCCCACCGAACAUGGCGGCUUCUAGGAAGUACUUUUCUUCUGAUAGCAGUAAUCCUAUUGAAGAGAGGUCUCCGUCAUCUUCACCUCCUCUCCUGCAGAAGUUGUUUCCCAUGCAAAGCAGAGAAGAAGCGAACAGUAAUGGGAAAUUACCAAUCAGAAAAGAAGUUAGUGGUGUUGAGGUUCGAAAGCCUCCUAGUAGCAAUAUUCCCUUUGAACUCUUCAGAGAGUUAGAUGGAGCUGGACCAAAUUCAUUUCGACCUGUUCCAUAUCAGGCUGGAUACACUUCUUCAGGGUCUGAUCAUUCACCUUCUAGUUUAAAUUCUGAUGCCCAGGACCGAACUGGAAGGAUAAGUUUUAAACUCUUUGACAAGGAUCCCAGUCAAUUUCCAGGGGCAUUGCGGACACAAAUAUACAAUUGGCUGUCUAAUUGUCCGUCUGAAAUGGAAAGCUACAUCCGGCCUGGUUGUGUGGUUCUGUCGAUUUAUCUGUCUAUGACACCCAUUGCAUGGGAACAGCUUGAAGAAAAUUUGGUUCUGCAUCUUAAAUCUUUGAUUCAUAGCGAAGAGAUUGAUUUUUGGAGAAGUGGAAGAUUUCUAGUUUACACUGGGAGGCAACUGGCGUCACACAAGGAUGGGAAGAUUCGUCUGAACAAAUCCUCAAAAGCAUGGAGUAAUCCAGAAUUAAUCUCGGUGUCACCUUUAGCAGUUGUGGGUGGACAAAAGACCUCUUUUUUAUUGAGGGGAAGGAAUUUGAAAAAUCCUGGCACCAGGAUUCAUUGCACAUCUAUGGGUGGCUACAUAUCCGAAGAAGUGAUGGGAUUCUGUAGGCAGGGAAUAUACGACGAGAUACACUCCAGAAGUUUCAAGGUUGAGGAUGCAUCACCUACUGCCCUUGGUCGUUGUUUCAUUGAGGUGGAAAAUGGUUUUCGAGGAAAUAGUUUCCCUGUUAUCAUAGCUGAUGCUGCCAUCUGUAAGGAAUUGCGGCAUCUUGAAUCGGAGAUUGAUGGGUUUAGAGUACCUGAAAUUAGUUCAGAAAGUCAUUCAUACGUUACUUCACAGCCAAGGCUGAAGGAUGAAAUUUUGCUAUUCUUGAAUGAACUCGGAUGGCUAUUCCAAAGGGAAAGAUCGUCUUCUGGCUUAGAUAAUCCAGAUUUUUUAAUAAGGCGGUUUAAAUUUGUACUCACGUUCUCAGCAGAGAGGGACUUCUGUGCGUUGGUUAAAACACUUCUUGACAUUUUGGUAAAAAAGUGCUUGAUCACACAUGGACUAUCAACGAAAUCUUUGGAGAUGAUAUCCGAGAUUCAGCUCUUGAAUCGAUCAGUUAAAAGGAGGUGCAGGCGAAUGGUUGACCUACUCGUUCAUUAUCACGUAUCUGGCUUUGGUGAUGCUGAGAAAAAGUACCUCUUUCCACCAAAUUAUAUUGGUCCUGGUGGCAUUACGCCUCUGCAUUUGGCAGCUUCAAUGACAGAUGCAGAUGAUAUGGUUGAUGCACUGACAAAUGACCCGCUAGAGAUUGGGUUGGAGUGCUGGAGUUCCCAACUUGAUGCAAACGGACAGUCGCCACGGGCUUAUGCUUUAAUGAGGGGCAAUCAUUCUUGUAAUGAGCUGGUGGAGCGAAAACUUGGUGACAGAAAGAAUGGUCAAGUUUCGUUAAGAAUUGGGAAUGAGAUAGAGCAACUAGAGGUGUCAAGUGGAGAGAGGGGCAGGGCGCAAGUCCGAUCCUGCUCCAGGUGUGCUAUUGUUGCAGCAAAGUGCAACAGGAGGGUUCCUGGGAGUGGGACACACAGGUUACUUCAUCGGCCCUACAUUCAUUCAAUGCUUGCUAUUGCUGCAGUGUGCGUUUGCGUGUGCCUAUUUUUGCGAGGUUCCCCGGACAUUGGUUUAGUUGCACCCUUCAAAUGGGAGAACUUGGACUAUGGGACAAUAUAGUUUGAGUGGACUUGGAGAAGGAUGGAGUGAGGAUAAUGAAUAGAAAAAAUGGGGAAGCAAACAGGAAGGGGCCAAAGAAGGGACACGGGUUGAUAAGAUGAGACAAUCUAUUGCCGGUAAAAAUAAAGACGAGAAAAGGGUAAGUUGUUGAGGUAGCAAAUGAAGAAUGCUCUGACGUUAUAAAUAAAGCUGUGAAGUAGAGACAAAUGGAUUGGUUAGAAGGGGAUUGUAUUGUAUUGUAUUCUUUUGCAGCUGUGGACAAAGGCAAAGGUUUGAGGUUUUGAAAUGUAGCGUAGCCUGCGUAUAACAGAAGGCGCCACCAUAAGGUGCAGGACGACAAUGAUGAAUGAUUUUGAAGAAGAAAGGUAUGAUUUUAUCCGGUGGAGCUUGGUUUAGCCUUGGCCUUGGCCUUCCCCUCACCCCCAUCCAUUCCGUCUUCCUUCCCUUCUUUUUCUUUUAUUCAAUUGUUAUUUCUUAGUAGCAUGCCAUAAGGUAAGCAGUAAUUAGCAAGUAUGAAUAUAAUUUGAUAUAUAAAUAUUGCAGUUUGUCUCAAACAACACAAUGUAAAGUUGAUCCAAUCACAUUUAUACUUCUACAAGACUUCUGGUCAAAGACAAGGCCCAGUGCAGGUCACUGUUCUGUACCCAUCGCCUUCCAUUCCUACAAUAACACGUUUUGUUAUCAUCAUUCAUUGAUUUCCUUUUCAAUUUACAUAUUGCAACUGUCUGUUCA